CUAAUAACAUAAGAAUAUCUCUUGAUAAUGUCAUUCGAAAUCCAGGGCAAUCAGAAAAUCAAACAGUAGGAGGAAUAGAAUUAACAUUGGUAUUCAUUAGUAGUGAACCAGAUGAUAUAGAAUUUUUUUCUU